ACGGAAGCGGCGGAGUGGUGUGUGUAUGUGUGUGUGGAGUUUGUGAGGGAUCUGAGCUUCACUAUGGAGAAGCUGGAGAUCUGUGGACCUCAGCACUGACAGAGCAGCAGCGCAGAACAUCAGCAGAGACAUGCAGUAACUCCUCACCUCACAGCUGCAGCGGCCAGGAUGUCUUUCUUAGUAGAUUCGGUGAUUAUGUUCACCUCUCAGGUGCUGUUUUUCGGGUUCGGGUGGCUGUUUUUUAUGAGGCAGCUGUUUAAAGAUUAUGAGGUGCGUCAGUAUGUGGUGCAAGUGGUUUUCUCCAUCACGUUUGCAUUUUCUUGCACUAUGUUUGAACUGAUCAUCUUUGAAAUCCUGGGAGCAUUAAGUAGCACGUCCAGAUAUUUCCACUGGAAACUAAAUUUAUAUGUCAUACUGCUGGUUCUAAUCUUCGUAGUGCCUUUCUACAUUGGCUACUUUGUGGUCAGUAACAUACGUUUAUUGCAAAGACAGCGGCUGCUAUUUUCAUGUGUGGUUUGGUUCACCUUCAUGUAUUUUUUCUGGAAACUUGGAGACCCGUUUCCCAUAUUGAGUCCAAAACAUGGCAUUCUGUCCAUAGAGCAGCUUAUCAGUCGAGUCGGGGUCAUCGGUGUGACGCUGAUGGCUCUGCUGUCGGGUUUUGGUGCCGUGAAUUGCCCUUACACGUACAUGUCCUAUUUUCUCAGGAAUGUGACUGACAGUGACAUUUUAGCUCUGGAAAGACGACUUCUCCAGACCAUGGACAUGAUUGUUAGUAAGAAGAAGAGGAUUGCCAUGACGAGAAGGCAGAUGUACCAGAGAGGAGAGGACCAAAAUAAGCAGACUGGAUUCUGGGGCAUGAUCAAGAGUGUUACAUCUGCACCUUCAGGCAGUGAGAACUUGUCUCUAAUCCAGCAGGAGGUUGUGGCUCUAGAGGAACUCAGUAGGCAGCUUUUCCUGGAAACAGUGGACCUCCAGGCUACAAAGGAACGGAUAGAAUACUCGAAGACUUUCCAGGGGAAGUACUUCAACUUCUUGGGAUACUUCUUCUCCAUCUACUGUGUGUGGAAGAUCUUCAUGGCCACAAUCAAUAUAGUGUUUGACCGAGUCGGGAAGACGGAUCCUGUGACAAGAGGGAUUGAGAUCACUGUCAACUAUCUGGGGAUUCAGUUUGACGUGAAGUUCUGGUCUCAGCACAUUUCGUUUAUUCUGGUGGGAAUCAUCAUUGUUACGUCCAUACGAGGCCUUUUAAUCACUCUGACUAAGUUUUUCUAUGCUAUCUCCAGCAGCAAGUCGUCCAAUGUAAUAGUGCUGGUUCUGGCCCAGAUCAUGGGGAUGUAUUUUGUAUCGUCGGUGCUGCUGAUGCGUAUGAGCAUGCCUCUGGAGUAUCGCAGCAUUGUGACGGAGGUUCUGGGAGAACUGCAGUUUAACUUCUAUCAUCGCUGGUUUGACGUGAUCUUCCUCGUGAGCGCUCUGUCCAGCAUCCUCUUCCUCUACCUGGCGCACAAGCAGGCACCUGAGAAGCACAUGACCCUGUGACCUUUACUCACAUCCCCCAAUCACAACAAGAAGACUGCUGCAUGAGGGCUUUACUACUACUUCUACUGGGGCUGAACUUCCUGAAUCAGGAAGGGCCUAGAGACUGAUGUUUAAUGGGGUUUGGGUUUGUGAACAGUGAAGGUGAUUGUCUAGUUUGGAUCAAAUUCUAUUUGCAUGCAUCGGGUAAAAUGUUAAAUUAAAUACAGCUUUUCUUCAGUGUUCACUUUUUAUUUUUUAUUUUUUAAUCGUUUAUAAAUAUUUUUUUUCCAACCUUAUUUUGUCUUUAUUUUUUUUUUUGGACUAGUAUAAAAAAAGAUUUUUAUAAAAAAAAAAAAAAUAAUUCCAGAGCUGUAUAUGUACAAACAAAUGAUAAGGUUGCUAUUCCAAUGUAAAACAAUAAAUGUACCUUAAGAACUCCUUCUCAAUCUCAAAAUGUAAAACAGCAGAGACUGAACAUUGAGAUUUUAUUUCCGAGGUCAGUUCAUUUUUAUUAUCUUAUACAGUUUUUUAUUACAACCAGGUGACUCAUGGCUGAAUAUUUAUCCUUUAAACGUAAGCUUAUGGUCUAAAGAGCUUAACAGCUUAUCAGUUCUCGACAGCUAAAUACAUUAAAUACAUUAUUUGGACAAAAAGUAUUGGAACACUUACUUUGUACACAGACAAGAGCUUUUGUGAUAUUGCAUUCUAAAAUUAUAGGCUUCCACACUCUUUAGUAAUACCAUUUACUGUUGAUGAUGGAAUAUAUCUAAAUAAUAACUGACUAGUUGCAAUGGCUGCAUCCUAUAACAGUACCGAGCUAUUACGACUUCACUGAGCUUUUUAGAAUCACGAGUUCAUUCACUAAUGUUUAUAAAGUCGGACUGCAUGGCUAGGUGCUUGAUAUUAUUCUCCUGCAACAAUAGGACUAAAGAAAUACCUGAAUUCUGUGCUUAAGAGUUGUGUCCCAAUACUUUUGUCCAUAUAGUGUUAUGUUCUGGAAAGUACUUAAAGUGUUUCUGCACAGUACAAAUAAAAUGUGUGAAGAGAAAAGGUUCAGAGUUUAUUAAACAAACGAGUUCUCUCAUAAAUGGCAUAAAACAGUUUUUUUUUUUUU